GAGCAGCACACCCAUGCUGACACGCUGAUGGAUCAGCUUUUUUCUGAUCAGCAGUCCCACCAUUUCUCUGCUGAGGAGGUGGCUGCCCAUCAGGCUGACCUGGCUAGUCAGUUCGAGCGGAUCUCCCUCUAUGAUCCUGCUCAUGAAAUGCUGGAGAGGGGUGGCUGUCCAGCGAGCCAGAUCUGGUCCACCUCUGGUUUCCUCAAUGGACACAACCUUCCCCCAAUACCGGUGGAGGAGAUCGAGGAGUGCAUUGCCCUGACUGUCCUGAAGGCAGGGAUAUACAGCCUGAAGCUCAAGGAGACCAGGCAGGCCAAGGAACAAGGCUUGCUGAUGGCCAAGGAAACGGCCGAACAGGCAGCCGAGGCCGAACGACGGG